AUGCCGCGGCAGCUCGAGUCGGCGGUGGCAGUAUUCGGCAUCUUGCGCGCUGGCGCGGUGUUUGUGCCGCUCGACCCGCAGCUACCGCUCGGCGGCUUGCGGCGGUUGGUCGAAGACUGCGAUAUCGAGUGGCUGAUCUCUGUCGAUGCUCAGCUAUCGAUGUUGCGUCAACUGGCAGCCGAGGGAGUCGCGCUGCGCUGCGUGAUCGGCCCUGCGGGCGAGGUCGGCGGCGAGAUCGCAACCCUGCCCUGGAAUGAACUCGAGACGGUCGCUGGUGGCAGUGCUCCCGAGGUCGGCGGUAGUGUCGACGAUCCGGCUUAUCUGAUGUACUCCUCUGGCUCGACAGGGCGACCGAAGGGAAUUGUCCACACCCACCACAGCGGCCUGGCUUACGCCGAGCUGUCGGUAGCAACUUAUGGCGUCGAGUCCUCGGACCGGAUCGGCAAUCACUCGCCGCUUCACUUCGACAUGUCGACCUUCGGCUACUUGUCGGUGCCGUUGGCCGGUGCAACCACCUUGCUGGUGCCAGAGGCAUACACCAAGCUAGUCGCCAGCCUGUCUCAGUUGAUGGAGAGCGAGCGCCUGACCAUCUGGUAUUCGGUGCCGCUGGUGCUGAUCCAGCUGCUCGCUCGGGGUGUUCUAGCGGAGCGCGACCUGAGCAGCUUGCGCUGGGUGCUCUACGGCGGCGAGCCUUUCGCCCGCAAGCACCUGCACGCCUUGAUGCGAGCUUGGCCGCAAGCAAGAUUUUCGAACGUCUAUGGCCCGGCCGAGGUCAACCAAUGCACCUACUUCCAUCUGUCGCCGUGGUCGCAGGAGGCCCAGCAGGCCGACGAGGCCGAGGCGGUACCGAUCGGCCGCACCUGGCUGCAGACGGAUGCGCUGCUGCUCGACAGCGACCAGCAGCUGGUGCAAGGUGUGGGCGAAGGGGAGCUACUGAUUGCCUCGCCAACCCGGAUGCAAGGUUAUUGGGGACGACCGGAUCUAGAUCAACGGUCCUUCGUGCCCAUGACUCCGGAAGGUGGUGGCGGCGAGCGUGUGUUCUACCGCACCGGCGACUUGGUCCGACGCCGUGCGGACGGUGAAAUGACCUUCCUCGGCCGGCUGGACCGACAGGUCAAGGUGCGCGGUUAUCGGGUGGAGUUGGACGAGAUCGAACGUUCUCUAAGCUCUUCUGCAGCAGUAGAAGAGGCCGUGGUCUUUCCGCUGCGGGUCGACGGUCAGGUCGAGCAUUUACAAGCCGUCGUGACGCGAGCAGCAGACGACUCGGAGACUGUUUCGGCCGACACAGACUUGGUGGGCGAUCUACGGGCCUUCGUCGCUGGGCAGCUGUCAUGGUACGCGGUACCGAAACAGAUCGAGGUCGUUCAUUCAUUGCCCCGUACCAGCAGCGGGAAGACCGACCGCCGGCGAUUGCAGCUCUUGGCCGAGCAGCAGUUGGUGUCGAGCUCGGGAGGUCGCAGAUGA